AUGAGCGUGGCGGUCACGUUGGUGGAGCUGGCGGAUGUCGCCUUCCGCACGGCCCGUGGCUGCGGUGUCAACGCCGGCGCCCUGCAGCUCCUCCUGCGCGGGCUGCUGGAGCACCUGCGGCUGCAAAAUGCCGCCACGCACCUCUCCGAGGACGAGAGGGGCGUCCUGCAGCCCGAGGUCAGCGCCAGGCCCCCCAUUCUCCUCCGUCCGGGCCAUCCCGGUGGGUCCCUGGGCGUGACGGAGCUGCUGAGCUCUGGGCAGGGACCAGGCACGCCGACCGCUGACACGGAGCAGAUGGUGCAGCUGAGGAAGAGGAUAGAGGUGAUUGAGGAGGGGAUGACAAAGGUCACAGACACACUACAGGAGGUGCUCACCAACACCUGCUCCCUGAAAACCACCAUCCAGGCCUUCCAGGAAGAGCUGCAGCUCCUGAAGGACAGUUUCCAGAAGACUGGUCUGGAGGAGCUGCGAGAGCAGGUGAUACAGCAGGACAAACACAGCCACCUCCUGCAGAACAUCCUGAGCCAAAUGGUAGAGGUGCGGCAGCAGCUGAGCUCCUUCCCCUGGCAGACCGGAAUGCUGUGCUCGCUCUGCAGGCUGCCUGCUGGUGAGAAGCUUUCCAGCCAGGACCUCAUGCCUGAGUCCUCACAGGAGCCAGCUCUCGAGGCCCCAUGCAGGCUGAGCGGGCUGUUGGAGCAGCACGAGAGUGUGGAGACCUGCAUCACCUGCAGCAAGAGCACGCUUCAGCAGCACGCUGGCCUGGGGACCUCAGAGGAUGUGGCCACAGAGAAGAUGCCGGGAGAAGGGUCAGAUUUUGGCAGGGAGGUGCUGAACCAGGUGGGACAUCUGCAAGAGCAGUGCACAAGACUCCAGGAGGCUGCAGAGCAGCUGUGGGGUGACUCCAAGGGCACUCAGAAAGCAGAUGAGACUACACUGGAGACCAAAGCAAGCCAGGAUGAGUUACAAAAUACCAUGGCCCAGCUGAGUGAGAUGAUGCAGGACUUGCUGCAGAGGAUGUUCCUGCAUGGCCAGGACAGGCAUAAAGCCUCAGAGCUCACCAGAGAGAGGAACUCCAAGGCACAGCAGCAGCAGACUUGGAGGCUCAGCAAGCAGUGCCACUGCCAGAGACCUUACUUGGACACCAGCAGUGCCAAUAGACUCAAGAGGAACAUCUCUGAUCCCAUGAAGUGCAUCUCCUGUGACAGACCUCUGGCUGCAGCCCCAAGGCUGCCUUUGGUGACAGUCCGGAAGGCCAGUGCUGGUGGCUCCAACUGCCUGGCACAGCAGCUGCCAGGAAGGGAGACCAAAGGGCGCAACCAGAUCAGCCGGGGUCCCACAGCUCCCACCAGGCCACCGUCUGCCUCCAGCUCCCUCACUACCAUCUGUCCCUUCGGAGUCCCUGCAGACCUCACCUACAACAAUGGUCAAGUGGAUAUUUUGGGCAUUGAUGGAGUCAUCUACAAGGGCAGGCUAAGCUCACAGGCCACCAAUGGGACAGCCACUCGGGGCAGGGACUUCCCAGGCACAAAAUCCCCUCAGCCCUCUGCCCAGCACACUGCAGAGAAGGUGCGCCGCAACCCCAAGUAUGGCAGCCAAUACGUGUCCCCGUACUCCUGUGCUGCCAUGCGGACAAGGAUGGUCUCCUCAGCGGGUCGCUGGCUGGCCUCUGAUGGCGGCAGCAGGAUGGCAGGUGUAUGAGCUGGCUGCGGGUGGUGUGAGUGCACAGCAAGGGGCUUCAGGGAUUGGAGGGGUGGGGGCCAUGCUGCCCCAGCCUCUCCUUCUCCCUCACAGCCUCUUAUCACAGCAGGGUAACACCAUAUGCCAUAAAUCUCUCUCCUCUGCU